AUGUCCGUCCCCUCCACUCCUGCCAUCUCGGUAGACUCCACCCACGCCGUCUCCCCACGCCUCCAAUCCCCGGACUCCCGCUCCUCCUCGCGGCGCGUCUCCCUCGAUGUGCCCUCCCAGCAAUCACUAAACCCGCACAGUCCCAAACCCCGACGCAACCGCUCCGCACUCCGGCAGUUCUACGGCCUUGGACAGGAGCCCCCGUUACCAGAGGAGGAGGGCCCUGAGAGGAAAAAGGUCGAAGAGAAGCUCAACGAGAUCGACCGCGAAGGGUUCGACGCAGCGGCUUACGUCGAGAAGUUUAUCGCAAAGGCGGAGCUGAAGGAGUUGUUGAGGAGGGAGAAUGAGCUUGUUAAUGGUUGGUUUCCCCUCCUUAUCUCCCUCUAGCAAGGUCGGCUACUAAAUCUGGGGGGACAGAAAUACGCGGCUUCGACGGCGAGCGAAAAGCUCUCGUUUACGACAACUACAGUAAAUUGAUAACCGCAACAGAUACUAUUCGGAAAAUGAGGGCUAAUAUGGAGCCCCUGGCGCCGACUACUUCCACCCUCAGCCCUGCAAUAUCCCAUAUCGCGCAGGUGUCUGCUUCCCUAGUGGAGAACAUCCCGCCUUCGCCGGUCACGCCGAAGAUCCCUACUUCUAACAAGAGGAAGAAAGACGCUGUCGUUUGGGCCCUGGCGUGCCCGGGCAGGAUUGAGGAGCUGGUGAAGGAGGGGAGGAGGGAUGAGGCCGAGAGGGUUUUUGGUGUGCUGGACGGGAUGCUGGGGAAAUGGAAGGGGGCCAAGGGCGCCAAAGAGUUAAGGGAGAGGGCGACGGCCGCGUUGGGGAAGGAGGAGCGAUAG